CUCUUUCGGCACAAAUCCACUAGAAAUGGAAAGCUACGUAGCCGGAUAACUUUUGUGUUGUUUUAUUUAUUGAAUAAACCCACUUGAUGUCGAAGAUAUGGAAUCCAAAAUAAAAUAGCAGUGCACAACUUGUAUUUACAUUACUGCAGGGCUCCAUCACGUAGAAGCGGCCACCACCGAAAUGACCAACCUGAACUGGAAACCGUUCAUCUACGGAGGGAUGGCCUCUAUUGUCGCAGAAUUCGGUACAUUCCCCAUAGACCUGACUAAGACGCGGCUGCAGGUGCAGGGCCAGUCCCAGUACAUGGAGGUGCGCUACCGGGGCAUGUUCCACGCCCUGUUCAAGAUCGGCAAGGAGGAGGGCAUCAAGGCACUGUACUCUGGCAUCUCCCCAGCUCUCCUGAGGCAAGCCUCCUACGGGACCAUCAAGAUUGGGACAUACAACACACUGAAGAGGUUAUUUGUGACCCAUCCGGAAGAUGAGACCAUGGUGAUCAAUGUGUUCUGUGGAGUGGUGUCUGGAGUCUUGUCCUCUUCUCUGGCCAACCCCACUGAUGUCGUCAAGAUCCGUAUGCAGGCACAGGGCAGUCUGUUACAAGGGAGUAUGAUGUCCAACUUCAUUAGCAUCUACCAGACAGAGGGAACCCGUGGCCUGUGGAGGGGCGUCAUCCCUACAGCUCAACGGGCAGCCAUCGUAGUGGGAGUGGAACUUCCUGUCUAUGACAUCACUAAGAAGCACCUCAUCAAGUCUGGCACCAUGGGAGACACCAUACUCACACACUUUAUUUCCAGUUUUAUGUGUGGCCUGGCGGGGGCGCUAGCUUCCAACCCAGUGGACGUAGUGCGGACGCGUAUGAUGAACCAGCGAGUGCUGUCAGGGAACCCCAUGUAUAAAGGCACGCUGGACGGAGUAAUGCAGACAUGGAAGAACGAGGGAUUCUUUGCCCUCUACAAGGGCUUCUGGCCCAACUGGCUGCGGCUGGGGCCAUGGAACAUCAUUUUCUUCAUCACGUUCGAGCAGCUGAAGAAACUCAACUUGUAGUUGGAACAAGAAGUGGACACUCCGUCAGAUUAGAUGCAGGGAUGGGCAAUUCCAGUCCUCGGAGGCCGGAGUGUUGUCCUACUUUUUCCCCAUCCCUAGAAAACACAACUGAUUAAGGCCAGGCACCAUACCCUAUUGGGGAUUUAAAAAACAAAUCUUAAUCAUAUAACAAUCAACUUUUCCUAGUUGAAUGUAGACAAAGUUUUGUAUAAAUGUUUGAAAUAUUAAGAUAUGCAAAUUAGGUAAUAAGUAUACAUAUUUGCAUACCAUACAAAUUCAUUUUUUAUAGAUGCUGGAUGAAUUCUGUCUAAACAUUUGUUUCAGUUUAAGACACUCGAAGGCCGGGCUUGUUCAGAGCAGAUUCUGGAUAAACUUUUUAUCUUUAAAAUACUAAAGACUUGUAUAAUAAAACAUUUAAAAAAAUGUUAUCUAGAAUUUAAAAAAGUUACAUCAACAAUUCCCCCUGGGCAAGUCUGGAGAAUGUAUCUAAGGAUAACUACACACAAUUCAAAAGUAGAUGCUUCUGAAGCUGAGAAAAACAAGUUGGCGGUGUGGUGCCUGGCCUUAAACUGAGGAUCAUGAUUAGUUGAUUAUUGGAGUCCAGUGUGUUAGCUUGGGCUAAAGUGUGACAACAAUCAGGCCCCCGAGGACUGGAGUUGCCCAUUACUGGUCUAUAGUGUGUUGGUGAGCGGGAAACCCCACAACACCUCAGCCCACGUGUCAAACUCAUUCCACGGAGGGCCGAGUGUCCAGGUUUUCGCUUCUCCCUUGUACUUGAUUGAUGAAUUAAGGUUACUAAUUAGUAAAGAACUCCUCACACCUGGUUGUCUAGGUCUUAUUUGAAAGGAAAAAACAAAAACCACUAGGCCAGAGUUAUUCAACUCCUACUCUACGAGCCUGCUGGUUUUCUGUUCUACCUGAUAAUUAAUUGCACACACCUGGUAUCUCAGGUCUAAAUCAGUCCCUGAUUAGAGGGAACUAUAAAAAAUGCAGUGGAACUGGCUUUGAGGUCUAGAGUUGAGUUUGAAAACACUAGGCCCUGCAUGGAAUGAGUUUGACGCCUCAGCCCUUCGUCCAUUCAUUCGUUACAUUCACAAUCCCUCCCUCUGUCACACAAUCUGUAUGUCUGUGCAUGCUCAUCUAAGUGUUAUUUUAGUUUUAUUUGAACUUUUAAUAAUAUUGAUAGUAUAAAAAAACAAACAUUUAAAGUUAUUAGUUGUAUUAUGUUUUUUAAAACACUUCUUCAUACCCCUCAACCACCCUUGAGGCCUCUCCUGGCAGCUAAACAUUAGGUUGUAGCUGAGGACGAAAGCCUGUUUGGGCCAAUAGGUAUUAGCUAGGUACGUUGCCUGCCAGCUUGCUAACUUCUUAGUGAGGAGGAGGACUAUCCUGGGUGGAAUGGGAACUGGAGAUCUACUUGAGCUUAUUUAGAGAGAUGUGGAAUGGGCCUCUGAUUGUGUCUGACCUAGUUUUUAACCGCAUCUUUGCUCUGCAUGGGACAUGCAGGAAAAAGAAAAAGGUUUUGUGUAAUUUCAGCCAGAAAGUAGUGCUCACGAGCCAAAACUGGUUCUGAAAAUUGUCCACAGUUGUGUAAGUCAACUAUUUUGUACAUGUUCCGUCCUGAAAUUAAAAAAAAAAAAAAUCUUCCUACAAUUCGUAUGAUAUGUAACAAAUGUAAAGAUCUGGUUCAAUCUCUUUAAAUGUUUAGAAUUGUAGGUUUGCCUGUCUGAUCUGACAUCUAUUCACUGUUUUGGGCAAAACUAGCUAGCAGAGGAAGCAUGAUGGGUUAACCGGGUUUUUAUUGUCAAAUCAUUUAUUCUCAAUGACUUACCUUUUUAAUAAAAGGUUACAAUAGAUUCUGUUUACUCUGUUAGAGGAACUCAGGACAAAGCUGAGACUGUAUCUGUAUGGCCAAUAAGAUGGGAUUGGGGACUCUUUUGUCAUUACUUGAAUGCAGUCUCUGUUGAGCCAAAGCCACCAGUUGUUCCCCGAAGAGUGACUGCUUUCUGUGCAUGUCACUACAAAAAAAACAACGGAAUACCUGAUAAGUUGUUGGCGCACGCACAAAUUCUACUGUAAAAAAAUGCCACUUUUCGUCAGAAGGUAGUAGAACUAUUGAAAGGUUUUAGAUUAUGUUAUUAUCCUUUGCCCUCUCCAAGUCCCCUGACCUCUGUGUGAAACAGAGUUCUGUUUUUUCUUGUCCAGAACAGGCAUUGCAGUGGAAGCAAUUAAGACAUUUCUUGGACCUGCCUGGUUGUCAUGGUGAUUCCCAUAAAAGUACAUUAUGUACAGAGAGACACACAUGUGAAGGCGGAUACACCAUAUUGUGACAGGCAUGUCUAGCUUGUACAUAAAGCUACUUCAGAGUACUUGCUUUUUGUUUCUAUUUUGAGGUUUGCGUAAAGCCCUGAAUAGAAAUGGCCUGUAGUACUAGGAUAUGGGGGCCGUAGUGCCAAUGUGUGCAUGUACUGUACUGCACCGCUGUUGUAAAGCUCUGUCCCUGAAUAGGUCUGAACUGCACUGUUACAUGCAUACUUACUCAAGCCUUACACUUUACUUUCAUAACAAUGUUUCUAAUUUCUAUGAUGCCUCUUUCUGUGCCUCUGCCUGGUCAUUUUGAGUUGUGUUUUUAUUAGAAUGACAAGUUUUGUUGUAGCAUUUCCAGAUCAUGUAUAUGGAUGUUAGGUGUGAGAGAUGUGGGUGUUAUGUACUGUGUAAUUAAUUGAAACCAACGUCCUGUUUUCUUUAGGUUUGAUUUUUACAGAUCAUGCUUACGGGCGGCAGAUGGCCUAGCGUUUAGAGUGUUCGGUCAGUGACCGAAAGGUUGCUAGUUCAAAGCCCUGAGCCAACAAGUUGAAAAAUGUGUCUGUGCCCUUGAGCAAGGAACUUAGCCCUAAUUGCUCCAUGAUCGCCAUUGAUAAUGGCAGUCCCUGGCCCUGACUCCACUCUCCAAGGGUGUCUGAGGGGGAGUUGGGAGAUGGAAAAAAAAAAAACAAUCACAAAUGCGUAUGAAUACAAACUUGUACAUGUGUGAAAUAGGACAAUUAUAAGCAUUCAUUUGUUUCAGCAGUCAUGUUUUAAUCAGCCGUCCUUUCAGCUUUACCAUGAUGAUGUGUCUUUACCAUGAUGAUGUAAUACUUUUUUCCCACAGAGAAUAUUGUGUGGGUUUCUUUCCUUUUAAACACAUCCAUUGUUUGUGUGGAAGAGACUUUUAUAUUGGAUGAAUAACUUAUAUUUUUAUUGGAUCGAAUUUCUUUCCAAAGCUUUAUCUAUUUUUUAAAUAACCUUAUGUUUUCCCAUAUGAACUUAACAAAGAACACUUUCUUGAAGUCUUGAACUUGUUUCCCCUUUACUCAAAAAUGCAGAGUAUGUUAUGUAGUUAUUUGUCUCUAAUUGCUGUUCUUUUAUAAUGAUUAUUGGACAAUUAUUGCAUUUAUACAACCCAUAUAGUUGGCUCCAGCUGCAUUCUGGUAACCACAAAUUGAUUAUUACUUGGGUGAUCAGUACAUUGUCAGUUCAUUCACUUCAGAGAGUGAUUUGAAUUUCCAAUUUAAGAAUAGAAAAAAAAACUAAUUGAAAAUGGAUUCAAUCAUUGUAUUGGAAUUUCAGAAUUGACCAACCCUGAAUGCUUUCUCUUCAUAAUCAUGUCUAUCUUCUUAUAUCAUGAAAAUGACAGUACAAUGUUGUCAUUCAGCUGUUACCAUUUGACUCCUUAGACUUGCCUUACUGUAUUGUUUUUCAGUUCCUUCAGAAAGUAUUCAUACCCUUUGACUUAUUCCACAUUUUGUUGUUACAGCCUGAAUUCAAAAUGGAUUUUCUCACCCAUCUACACCCAAUGCCCCAGAAUGACAGUGAAAACACAUUUUUAGACAUUUUUGCAACUAUAUUGAAAAAUUAAAUACAAAAAUAUCUCAUUUACAUACAGUGCCAGUCAAGAGUUUGGACACACCUACUUAUUCCAGGGUUUUUCUUUAUUUUUACUAUUUUCUACACUGUAGAAUAAUAGUGAAGACAUCAAAACUAUGAAAUAACACAUAUGGAAUCAUGUAGGAGAAAAAGAAAAGUAUUAAAUGAAUAAAAAUAUAUUUUAUAUUUGAGAUUAUUCAUAGUAGCCACCUUUUAGUGUGUGCAAAGCUGUCAUCAAGGCUAAGUAUUCACACCCCUGAGUCAAUACAUGUUAGAAUCACCUUUGGCAGUGAUUUACAGCUGUACAUCUUUCUGGGUUAGUCUCUAAGAACUUUGCACACCUGGAUUGUACAAUAUUUGCACAUUAUUAUUUAAACAAUUCUUCAAGCUCUGUCAAGUUGAUUAAUCAUUGUAAGACAGCCAUUUUCAAGUCUUGCCAUAGAUUUUCAAGCCAAUUAAGACAAAACUGUAACUAGGCCACUCAGGAACAUUCAAUGUCGUCUUGGUAAGCAACUCCAGUGUAUACUUGGUCUUGUAUUUUAGGUUAUUGUCCUGCUGAAAGGUGAAUUGGUGUCUGUUGGAAAGCAGACUGAACCAGGUUUUCCUCUAGAAUUUUGCCUGUGCUUAGUUCCAUUCCGUUCCUUUUUACCACCCCCAAAAACACCCUUCCUGAUGACAAGCAUACCCCUAACAUGACCACCAUGCUUGAAAAUAUGAAGAGUGGUACUCAGUGACGUUGCAUUGGAUUUGUCCCAAACAUAACGCUUUGUAUUCAGGACAUAAAGUACAUUUCUUUGCCACAUUUUUACCUGUUGUACAUUCGUGCCUUAUUGCAAACAGAUGCAUGUUUUGGAAUAUUUUUUAUUCUGUACAGGUGUCUUUCUUUUCACUCUGUCAUUUAAAUUAGUUUUGUGAAAUAACUCCAAUGUUGUUGAUCCAUCCUCAGUUUUCUCCUAUCACCUCAUGGAGAAAUACCUGAGCGGUUUCCUUCCUCUCCGGCAACUGAGUUAGGAAGGAUACAUGCAUCUUUGUAGUCACUGGGUGUAUUGAUACACCAUCCAAAGUGUAAUUAAUAACUUUACUGUGCUAAAAAGGAAUAUUCAAUGUCUGAUUAUUUUUUUUGACCCAAUAGGUGCCACCCUUUGCGAGGCAUUGGACCUCCCUGGUCUUUCUGGUUUAAUCUGUAUUGUAUAUGUGGGGUACAGAGAUGAGGCAGUCAUUCAAAAAUCAUGUUAAACACAAUUAUUGCACACAGUGAGUCCAUGUAACUUAUUAUGUGAAUUGUUAAGCACAUUUCUCCUGAACUUAUUAAGGCUUGCCAUAACAAAGGGGUUAAAUACUUAUUGACUCAAGAUAUUUCAGCUUUUAAUUUUUAAUUAAUACAAAAAAUGUCAAGCAUAAAUCCCUUUGAUAUUAUGUGGUAUUGUGUGGAGGCCAGUGACACAAAUAUACAUUUUAAUCAAUUUUCAAUUCCGGCUGUAACACAACAAAAUAUGGAAGAAGUCAAGUGGUAUGAAUGCUUUCUGAAGGCAUUGUAUAUUUUACAGUAAAUCGUAUUUAUUUCUGUUUUCGUGGUUGUAUUCUCUACUGCUGUAUGACUCAGCUGGCUGGGACACUGUUUGCUCUCUGUCAAAUCUUUUAGCCUGUCAUAUUACCUAGUCGUGCACUUUGGUAAAAUGUAUGUCGAUAAAACUGUAUUUGCAAUCAUACUUAUAAUCAUUUUGCUUGUUUAGUCAAUUGAUUGUAUGGUUGAUUAGUUAUGUGUAAACUAUUUUCAGUUACAGAUUGGAUUUGGCUUUGUAUAAAUAACAAGUAUGUAUACUUCCGAAAUAAAAUACAGCAUAUCCACUGA